CUUCGACUCACGGCUAUGUUCCGCCCCGGACGACCAGUGUUGACAUACUCGUAGAACCCCGUCACUUCUCCAACUUGCUCGUCUUAGAUUCUGAAGGUCUUUCCAUUAUGUUAACCUUAACGUCUGGUUGGCUUAUUACAGCGCGCAACCUGCGCCGCUAUCUCCGACCUAUAGUCACCAAUCAAAGGUCGCGCCAAAUCUCGACGUACAAUGUUGAUAUAGCAGGCCUCACGGAAGAGCAAGCUGAGUUCCGCAAUGCAGUAGCCGAAUUUGCCGAACGGGAGCUUGCCCCGCGUGCUGCACAAAUCGACAAGAGCAAUAACUUCCCUUCAGACAUUUGGGAAAAGCUUGGUGACAUGGGUUUGCUUGGUGUCACCGUGUCGUCAAAGUAUGGUGGUUUGGACCUUGGAUACUUCCACCACACUUUGGCAAUGGAAGAACUUUCCCGUGCUUCUGGUUCUGUUGCACUGUCAUACGGCGCGCAUUCGAACCUUUGUGUGAACCAAAUCCAUCGCCAUGGCACAGAAGCUCAAAAGCAGAAAUACCUCCCUGACUUGAUCGCUGGGAAGAAAAGUAGGCAGAGUGACGUCGUCAGCAUGAGUUUGAGGGCAGAUAAAAUAGACGGUGGUUGGAAGCUAAAUGGGAACAAGUUCUGGAUUACCAAUGGACCAACAGCAUCAACACUGGUUGUUUACGCCAAAACCGCUCCUGAGAGAGGUUCCAAGGGCAUCACCGCGUUCAUCAUCGAGAAAACGUUCAAAGGCAGUGAUACUUGCGAACUUGUCUUUGACAACUGUGAAGUCCCAGAAGAAAACGUCCUUGGCCAGGUUAACAAAGGCGCCGGGGUCUUAAUGUCCGGGCUUGACCUUGAACGUCUUGUCCUGAGUGGCGGUCCCUUAGGUUUGGCGCAAGCUGCAUUCGACUAUGCAGUGGAAUAUGUCCACGAUCGCAAGCAGUUUGGACAACCUGUGGGAACAUUUCAAUUGAUGCAGGGCAAAAUUGCGGAUAUGUAUACAAGUAUUAAUGCAAGCCGCGCAUAUGUCUAUGCUGUUGCAAGAGCUUGUGACCGUGGCCAGAUCAGUCGUCGAGACUGCGCUGGUGCCAUCCUCUACUCUACCGAGAAAGCCAUAGAGGUUGCGCUAGAAGCCAUGCAAUGCCUUGGCGGUAACGGAUACAUCAAUGAUUAUCCUAUGGGCCGCAUUUUACGCGAUUCUAGGUUGUAUGCAGUGGGCGCCGGGACACAAGAGAUAAGGAGGAUGCUGAUAGGACGGGAGUUCAAUGAGCAGUUCAAAUCGUCAUGAUACCUCAGUGUUACUCCAGGCUGCUUUUGGACAGCAGUUUGAAGCAUUCCUAGUCCGGACAAUAUUUACCGUGUAUGAGUAGUCACGACAGGCGUGCAUAAGAUUUUUUGGAUGAACGAUAGCUUUGAAUCUGACGUGAUGACA